AAGGAUAUGGCGCUUAUGGGGAAUAUGUCAGUACGCGAUUGAUAAUGCAUCAUUGGUACUUGAAGAUAUUGUUUAUGGCUCGGUUUCGGAAUUCGUAAGAACAAGCCUCAGGCCACAGACUCAACUAUGUAAAUUUGCUGUUCACAUAGUGGAAGGACUAAGACAUCUCGAGAAAUAUGGAUUCAUUCAUCGACGUCUCUCGAUCGAUGUUUGCCUGCUCACCUACAACUAUAACGUAAAAAUUGCAAUCUAUGGGCUCACGCCGGGCGAGCUCUAUCCACGUGCUGAUGAGCUGGAGGAUGUGGACUGCUGCCGAUGGCUACCACCAGAAUGUUUGCCCGAUUCGAACAGUACACAGCGAGCCGCGUACGGUGCAUCCGGAAUGAUCUAUUCGUUCGGUAUGAUACUGUGGUCGAUGUUCCACGGUGCAGCGCUACCGUUCGAAGAU